AGAAACCCCCAUCCAGAUGGAGCUGCUGCGGCUUUGAGAGCAGGAGAGGGCGGCCGGUAGGGCGGAAGUGCCGGGACACACUGCGGAGCCAGUGCAGCCAUGGGGAACGCUCAGGAGAAACCCCCCAGCGGUGGGGGAGGGGGAUCCAGACCGGAUCGGACUGCGGCGCAGACUGGGAGCGGACGCACGGCAGGGAAGGAGCCGGGGGCUACGGGCAAGGGAGCGGCCAAUGGGACCGGGAGGUUCCCCGCCCGGGGGGCAGAGGAACCGGGCUGCCCCGCAGCGGACACCGCUUAUCUGGACGCCCCUGCUGGGUCUCUACCCCCCCACCUGGCACGGAUCAAGAACGAGGGCAACCACCUCUUCAAGCACGGCCAGUUUGGGGAAGCCUUGGACCAGUACAGCCAGGCUAUUGAAGCUUGUGCUGAAGCAGGCAUCAGCAGUCCAGAGGACCUGUGCAUCCUCUACUCCAACAGAGCCGCCUGCUACUUCAAGGAUGGCAACAGCACCGACUGCAUCCAGGACUGCACCAAGGCCUUGGAUCUGCUGCCGUACUCCUUGAAGCCCCUGCUGCGCAGAGCCAUGGCCUAUGAGUCACUGGAGCGCUACAGGAAGGCCUACGUGGAUUAUAAGACCGUGCUGCAGAUAGACGCCGGGGUGCAGGCCGCCCAGGACAGCGUGCACAGGAUCACCCAGAUGCUCAUCGAGCAGGACGGGCCAAGUUGGAGGGACAAGCUGCCCGAGAUUCCCGCGGUGCCGCUGUCCGUGCAGCAGCGACAUCGAGAGACGCCCGUCAGCGUGGAGCAGGCCCGGGCGCGAGCGGCCAGGGCGGCGCAGGAAGAAGUCAGACGAAAAGAGGCCCGAGUCAGUCUCCUCAAACAGGAAGGCAACGACUUGGUCAAGAGGUGUCACUUCCACGACGCUCUGCACAAAUACUCGGAAUGUAUCGCCAUCAGAGGAGACGAAUGCGCCCUCUACACAAACAGAGCCAUUUGUCUUCUGAAGCUGAGUCGCUUCGAGGAGGCCAAACAGGACUGCGACGCAGCUCUCCUCCUGGAGCCCACCAACAAAAAAGCCUUCUACAGACGAGCGCUGGCUCAUAAGGGACUCCAGGACUACCUAUCGGCCAGCAGUGACCUCCAGGAGGUCCUACAGCUGGAUCCCAAUGUCAGAGAGGCUGAGGAGGAGCUUCUGGUGGUGACUGGCCUGCUGAGACAGAGCCUCAUGGAGGGCGGCGCCCACACAGCCAGGACUCUUCAGGUGUGAUGGAUCCUCGAGGAGAAUUUUGGAGAUGGUAGCUUUGCGGUGGAACGUUCCAAUCCCUUCUUCCAAGGUCAAAUGCAAAAAGAAAAACGUGGUCUGAUUGUGCCUUACUGAGAUUUCGGCCACUUAUGAUGCAGUAGGCCAACUUGUGGAGAAGGUGCAUGUUAGAGGAAACGCAGCGUAAAUUCUGACUCCAAAAUGAUUGCAUAGAAAGUAGCCCGUCCAUCGGCCAUCUGCCACAGCAGUGAUCAUCUCCUAAAGGUGGCUUGACCGACGACAUCGACGGCUAUGUGCACAUUUCAUCAACCACACAGACUUCAUUUGAAAACUUUAUUAUUUAAAAGAUAUGCAUUUAGAUGCACGUUACAAAGCCAAUAAUUAGUAAAUAUAUGCUUUUUUUUUGUAUGACCAAGUUAUAAAAUGGGGGAAAAAAAAGCCUGGCACCAGUCUUUAAGAAUGAUGAUAUAAGACUAAUUAAAAAAACAAACAAAAAAAACAUCCCUCAUAACGUCUUUUGUGACCUAGUUAGAAAAUAAAAAAAGGCCAUGGUAUAUGCAAGUCUACGUCUGGUACCUUGAAAUAAAAAAAAAUCCUCUUGUAGCAUUCAGAGGCUUAACAGCUUUCAUUUGGAGCAUCAAUAAUAGGAAAACCUUGCAAAGUGAUUUUCCCAAAAGGCACUUAGGAGGGGCAAACAAUUAUAACAUUUCAAGCAAAAUGGGUAUAACAGUAAAAGAAGGAGUGAAGUUUGGACUAAAGGGAAUAAAACCUAAAAAAAAGAUGCCACUUUUGCAUGUUUGUUUGUGGCUGCUACACUGCUUGUUUCAAAAUGUCACUUUGGUCAGUCCAAGACGAUUAAAAGAAAGACUUGAGAAGCAACGCAUGUGCUUUCUUCAAUGUUUUUUUUUUUGCAUAGGUUCAAACCGCAAAUUAAUUUUAGCUGACCCAUUUUGUCUGGCUUGUUAAAAAAAACGCAACAUUUUUAAUGAAAAUAAAAGGCUACACCACAGAUCUUGGAGGCCUUGUGAUGUUUGAUUAAAAAAACAAAACUUUGGACCCAACACAGGGCUGCAACAUAAAAAAAAAAAAAACUUUCCCAAAAUGGAAAAUAACAGUAAGCAGGACACCAACAAGUAAUAGGAGCAAAAUACAAGGUAAAUAACCACCGUCUGUUUGAGUUUCGCUUCAAACGUGCUCAACAGCUAAAGUGUGUUACUGAAUGGUCCCUAAAAAUGGCGGCACGGUGGCAGACGCAGCGAUGGAGAUGAAAAAAAACCUAUUAUGUCAAAAUGAACCUGCCCACGUACAUUCAAGUCGACCUCCGUAAAAGACCUUGAUGCUCUAGUUCCACGCUGCGAAACAUCUCGCCAGUCUGACCACAUGGACUCCCAUUGCCGACUCAGUAAACCAUAACCCCCAGUCCACGCCGACAUUCUCCUUCCUGUCCUUCCUGUGAAACAGCCAAUAGGACGUAACCAGACUCCCACUUAAGACAGACGUUAUCGGUGAGUAAGUUUAGAUGUCAGUUUGUAUGCAGCGCCUCCUUGUGGGGCUCACAGGCAGUGUGGCGGCGUCAUGAGUGGUUCCGCUGAGGUCCCCCUGGGGGUUGGCGGCGUCGCAUGCACCCUCUUCGGUGAUGAAGAGAACCGCCCCACCUUCCUUGGGGGAGGCGGGCGGCGAUGUGGACACGAGGCAGUGGCUGAAGGCAGAGUGGCUCCUUUGAGGCGGGAGGUGCUCCAGGCGGUCGUGCUCCACCUCGGGCAUGGGCGUGACGACAGCGGGCUCGGCCAAUGCGACCGAGGUGGCGGCGCGGGUCUCCGGUCUAGGGGUUUCCGGGUCGGAGUAGCUGAGCUCCGACGACAAAUGGCUG